AUGACAAGGAGCAUGUUAAAAAGCAAGAGAUUGCCGAAGGAGUUUUGGGCAGAAGCGGUUGGAUGUGCUGUUUAUUUGGCUAACCGAUCACCAACAAGAAGUGUGUUGGGAAAGACACCACAAGAAGCAUGGAGUGGAAGGAAGCCUGGCAUCUCUCAUCUACGAGUUUUUGGAUGCAUAACUCAUGUACACAUACCCGACGAGAAAAGAAGUAAGCUGGAUGACAAGAGCGAGAAGUUCAUUUUUAUUGGUUACGACAACAACUCGAAAGGCUACAAGUUAGACAAUCCAAAUACAGGGAAAACAACCAGCAGCAGAGAUGUCAUAUUCGAUGAAGGAGAAGAAUGGGACUGGGGACUACAUGCUGAGGACUACAACUUUUUCCCAUACUUUCAAGAAGAAGACGUAGAGCAGCCAAGGAUCGAGGAAGAAAGAGAAGAGCAAACUACUCCACAAACAACAAGUAAUCAAAGCAACUCAUCGUCAUCAACUUCACAAGAAAAUUCAAGUGAAAGAGUACCACGCUUCAGGAGAUUAGAAGAUCUUUAUGAGGUAACUAUGAAUCAAGAUAAUCUUACUCUUUUUUGUCUCUUUGCCGACUGUGAACCCAUGGACUUCCAAGAAGCCAUACAAAGCAAGAACUGGAAAGAUGGAAUGGAUGAAGAAAUCAAGGCAAUCGAGAAGAACGACACAUGA